AUGGUGGAUGCCAUCGUGGAGUUUGUCUCCUCCGCCUCUCGCCUGCGCGUACACAUUCCCCGCGAGAACUGCCUGUGCACUGCUGUCGCUAGUGGCUUGGUCUGUCCCCGAGCCUCA